AUGCUGAAAGUUAUCAUCUUAUUUAUUUCUGCUGCGGUCAUCACAGCCGAUGAUCCAUUAAAAAACCAAAUUCAUUUAACUCAAAAUGCUACAAUUGAGGAAUUUCCCUACCAAGUAGGUAUCCAGCGUUUUGGAGAGAGCUACUGUUCUGGAGUAAUUGUUUCCGAAAAAAUGAUACUUACCGCUGCAACUUGCAGUGCAGCUGUUGGUCGAAAAAUUCGAUCUGGAAGUACUUUUGAUAAUAAAAACGGAACUCUUCACACAAUCAUUGAGAUUAUUUUCCACGAAAAAUUUGUAUGGGACGAUUCUACUGAUCAGGUUCCAGUUUAUAACAUUAUGUUGCUAAGAGUAAAUGAACCCUUUGUAUUUAAUGAAACUCGUCAGCCGAUACUUCUCCCGGAGCCUGAUGAGGACAUCUCUGCGUAUGAUGUAGGUUACUUGACCGGGUGGGGUAUGUUUGAAGAUGAUGAUUCUCCUCAUGCUUUGAAAAAAAUUUCCGUGCCAAUUUUAUCUGAAGAAAAAUGUAACGAGAGCUAUUCUGGCGCUGGUGGAAUUCAGGACGACCAAUUUUGUACAAGUCCACCAGAGACUAGGGAACAAGAUUCUUGUUUCAAAUUCUUAGGCAGUCCUUUGACUGUCAACGGACGCGUUCUUGGAAUUUUAGCCUGGGAAAAAGGAUGCGAAAAAACAAGAAAUUAUCAGUACGAACCGGAAAAUUGUACUACUUUGAUGAAGUAUACUGAGUUGGAAACUCAGCUAGCUGAUCUAGAUCGUGCACGUGCAAUUUAUGAGCAUGGAUUGAAACAGCCACGACUAGAUAUGCCGGAAUUGUUGUGGAAAUCGUAUAUCGAUUUUGAAAUUUUACAAGGAGAACCACAGAAUGCACGACAGCUAUUUGAGCGGCUGCUUGAACGAUCAAUUCACGUGAAAAUUUGGAUAGCAUAUGCCAAGUUUGAAUUAUGUAAUGAGUACGAAGAUGUGGAUCCAGUUAGCGUUGCUAGACGAGUAUUUGAACGUGCUAAUACUGCAUUGAAAAUCAAUGAAGAUCGAGAAAGCAAAGCUAUAUUAUUGGACGCUUGGAAAGAUUUUGAAAUGGAUAAAGGAGAUGAAGACAGUAAAAAGAAAAUUAUGGAUAAAAUGCCAAAAAGAAUCAAGAAAACUGUUAAGGUCAUGGGUGAAGAUGGGAUGGAAGGCUGGCAAGAAAUUUAUAAUUUUGAAUUUCCGGAAGAUGAAGCCAAGCAAACAACGAUUAGACUUCUCAGCACGGCCAAAAAUUGGAAAAAAAAUACCGUUCAAUUGAUCAAGCACGAAAAAUUUCAUUGGAUGGAUAUUUCAAAUCGUAUCUCCGUUAAUGACAUCCAAUUAGUUCGAGUUAAUCGACCUUUUGAAUUCGACAGAACACGCCAAUCCAUGACACUUUUUGAAGCUGGUGAAAAAGUUAAUUCUGGUUUUCAAUGCAAUUUAGCUGGUUGGGGGUUCACUGAAGACAAUCAAUUAUCACCCAAUCUACGCAGCGUUCUGGUACCAAUUGUAUCAAAAAAAAAAUGUACUGAAAAAAUUUACGAAUUAGGUGGAUUUCCAAUUGGUCAAAUUUGUGCUGGUUACGAAGAAGGAGGACCAGAUGCUUGUUUACUAGAUACUGGAAGUCCUUUGGCACUUAGUGGACGGAUCGUUGGUUUUGUAUCAUGGAGUCAUGGAUGUGGGGCAGCAGACAUUACGUUGCAAGAAGAUGUUUAUUCGGAGAGGGAUGAACGAAUUGUUGGAGAUAAAGAUGCGUCGAUCAAAGAUUUUCCUUACCAAGAUGCUCCUGUAAAUAAUAUUCAACUGGUCCGAAUUAAGAAACCAUGUAUGUUUGAUAAAACUCGACAACCAAUGGUGCUAUUUUAUGUUGGUGAAAAAGUCAAAACUGGAUCUCUAAGCAAGUUGUCUGGAUGGAGUGAUCUUGACUUAUCAGAUUACUUUACAGCUCGUUUGCAAAGCGUCACACUACCAGUCAUAGCGAAAGAAAAGUGUGAUAAAAUUUAUAAAGUUGUAUUUUGUGCGGGUUAUUUAGAAGGUAAAAAAGAUGCCUGUCUAGGAGAUGAUGGUGGUGCUCCAGCUGUGGAUGGACAAGUGACGGGAAUUAUGGCGUGGGGAAUUGAAUGUGCUGAACCUGGUUAUCCUAGUGUUUAUACGGAAACUUCUGUCCAUCGAACGUGGAUUGACGAAAAAUUAAACUACUCUUAUUACCAAAUUAUCUAA